AUGAGGCGCGCGACGUUCCUGCUGAAGCUGCUGCUGCUGGCGGCCAUAACCACCCAACAGGGGCUUCUCUCGUGGCAACUGAUGACCAGCAAAAUGCUCGUGCUGCUGCUAGAUGUCGGGCUACUUACCAUCUUCCUCUACCUACAACUCAGAUCAGCCAACAACACACAUAUGUACAUGAUAUACAUCUACAGCAUCGUGGCUAAGAUAACAGUGAUAUACUACGUCUCCCUUCCGAGGGCCCUCAUUAGCCAACAUGAGGAGUCAGGUGGAGGGGGGCCAUCCCUACCGUUACCCGUACAACUGGACAACUACGCAAACAGCAUCCACGUCGUCAGCUCGACGAUCCUCAUCUCUAUAGUGGUCUACAUCUUGUUCUUUUUUGUCACCGAUUUUGAUCUCCUCAAAGUACGCUUCAUCAAUUUGGAGAUUUUUUUUUGUCUCCUCAUAAUAACCCACGUAUCGAUUGAUUUUCUCGACAUAUCUGAUUUUUUUUAUUGUAUUAAUCUCCAUUUUUUUCUGUACCACUUUCGAGUGGUACAGGAGUUAUCCGUGUUUACUAACCCCGAUCUGUUUCUUCAUGCUUCCAUCGAUAGGAAGCGUCUCAUCGAAUUUUAUUCCUUCUUCCUACAUGCCUACCAAGCUGUUUUCAUACUCUUUGGUGUUCUGCUCUGCGUAAAUAUAGCCAUUCAUGCUUACUCUCUUCCGAGUUUUUCCUACGAAAGUAACAAAAAGAAGAAGCUCUCCACUAAAGGGGGGGGAGAUAUAGGAGACCAUUCCCCUAGUGGACCCCAUUUACUACACAGUUACAGUCGUGAUGCGGCGCUGCAUAGGUGGAGUAGCCACCGGAAGGAUGGCAACGGUGGUGGAGGGAAAGACCAUUAUGGGUACCCUCCUGGUGGGGCUCUUACCAAAAGGAGUAGUUCCCUGGGGGGGCCUCCACUAUUGGAAGGGAAGCAUUCGAUUACUUCCACUUCCGCUGAGGACUCCCUCCCCAGAUCCAAGGUCGGCGGGGACGCCAUGUCCUGCCUCAAGUACAUCAGCAUAUACAGCUUCUUCUUCACCGAUGUGUCUCUCUUCACGGCACGCCUGUUCCUUUACUUGAUCUUCUCGGCUACCUCGUGUUCCCCCCAGUUCAUCAUGAAGAACCUCUGCUUCGCCAUCAUCCACGGGUCGCGCAUCUACCGGAAGUCCAAGUUUUACAACCGCCGCAGGGGCGAGAAGGGCCGCCCGGGAAGCUCACCCACGGGGGGGAGCUACACCAACGAGUGUGAGAUUUACUCCCAUAAGUCUGCGAUCUGCACCGAUAAGUGUGAGAUCUGCACCGAUAAGUGUAAAAUCUGCACCGAUACGUGUCAAAUCCACGCAUGUGAGUACGAAAAGAGCCAUUCAGAGGAAGGCCCGAAACACAGCCCACACAAAUCAUCGACCAGCCUGCACUUUAAGGAAAGCCACGUGAACACGGACCUACUCAGCAGGAGCUUCAGAUCUACAGACACGAUAAACAUAAACGUGAUUCAAAAUUCUGACUACAACCGUGUUGAUAGUCUAAGUUACGAUAAAAUAACCCCACAGUAUUAUUUUCAUUAUUUAAAAUACAACAGACUGAACUUCAAAAGGUACAUGUCAUGCUAUGUGGACCAAAUAGAGAAAAAUUCAUUUGGGUAUUCUGUGAUCUUCCUCUUUUUCUUCAUUCUGAUAGCGACUAAAAUUGCCAUCCUUGUGGUUACCUACACAAUGGACUUCGAUCAAGACCUGAACCAGCAUUUGUAUGACUUGACUUACCUAUGGAAUAUCAACACGAUUAGGUCCUGCUGGAUUCUCAGGAUUAAUUCUUUUAUUAUUUUAGUUUAUUCAUUUUGCUCUCUCCUUCUUUACGUUGUUACCUGUUCCCUAUUCGAUGGGAUCUUCAUGUCCUUGAUGUAUGUCUUUAACCUGCUGUCAUUCUUUUUCGUCCUCCUCAUCAUGUCUAAAUAUAACCCGUCGUACGACAUGCUGGACUACUUUAAUAAAAAAAAGAACACGCUGGUGGUUCUCUUCCUCUUUGGCUACCUGGCCUACCUCUUCCUCGCGGACACGUACAUGUUCAUCUACAUGCUGCUCGGGCGGAAGUACAUCACCUAUCGAAGACGAAUAAAAACGCGGAGGGGAAACGAAGCACAAGGAAGGGCGGGAUACCACACAGAAACGGAAGAAGAAGUGUUAACACCCAUAUCAGUGGUGUCCUCCUUUACCCUCAAACUGAUUAGACAUAUGAAGGGACCUAUCAUGCUUAAUAGAAUAAUAAUCAGCAAAAAUUUAAUUAAAAAUACACGAGUUGACAAUUUUUUGUUUUUUUGUCACGUAAAAGAAAUUGGCAUUAAGUUGGUGCUUUAUUUUUUCACGUGCUUCCUCGCACUGAGGGAAGACGCGAUUAAUGUUACCUUUAUUCUGUUUGUUUUUUUUGUGAAUUUUUUUUUGUCCCUUAUGUAUUUGAUUUUUUCCAAGGUGGACCGGGACUUAGCCAUGGACUGCAUCUUCACGCAGGCGCUCUUUCUGGACCUUAGCAGGGCCUCGCGAGACGGAAGAGAGGCAAAAGGGGGCGCCACUUCCAAAAGUCAGCAAGAAAAAGGCGCCUUCCACGAGCCGACCGCACACACCAGCGUCUACGAAAAAUACUCCUACGAGAAUACAGUCCUGUUUGACAACUGCCUGAAUUACUUUUGA